UCCUCUCACUUGGCUCGUCAGCUGUUCUGUGGGUUCAGAGGUCAAGUCUGUUUGGAGCUGCUGCAGACAUGUUUGUGUUUGAAUCGAUGAGUCUUUCUUUAACUCGUCACAGUCAGCAGCUGGUGGAGACGUGUUUUAUUUUCGUUGCUGACACUUCUCUGUUUUCUAAAGCUCUCAAAGUUUACACUCUCUGCACUCUGUGUGCACAGAGCUCUGAAGUUCAUCACUAACUUCUGUGUCCACACGCAGACUUAAACACUGACGUAUUACCUCCAGGUCAGUCUGAGGUCUGCUUCCUUCAGACCUUCAGAAGAGUUCAGGGACUUAUCAUCUUUGAGCCCCUUUCUUACCGUCUGCUCCAAAAGUCAGAACUGAAGUUUGCUGCUCACAUAAAGAGCUGAGACGAGCUGCUCUCAUUGGAGGAUGUUAAAGGACUUGGCGGUGGACACAUCUGGCUGCAGAUGUUCUCCCUGAUGUGUUUGUGGAUGUUCUUGACAAAUUUGUCCUUUUGUGUCUUUAAACGUCUGAUAAAGAUUUAUUUUUUAUAUUUGUCUGUGCGGCUGCUCUGCGAGUUUUUUCCUGGUGAAAUAACGGUUUGAAUGUUUUACUAUCGAUCUUUGAAAUAACAGUUUGUAAUAAGACACGUGAUAUUGAAAACACUUUGAUGAAAGAGAGUCAGUGUUGAUGUUUUAGACGCUGAGUUUGUGUGUCUGGAUCACGUUUUGGUGCUGAAGAUGUGAAACAUGAAUCUGUCUCUGUGGAUGUUCUUGUGCAGGUGCAGAGUUGAUGCUGCCUUCACCUCCAUCCUUUCACCUCAGCCUCCGCCCACGUGCCCAGUGUGUGCAUGCAUGUGUGUCUAUGUGAGUGUGUUUGUGUGAGGCGGUGAGUGUGUGUCGCCCCGCCCCCUCUGCCCACCAUGUCCCUGUUUCCCUCGAUGGUCCAGCCGAGCCUGCAGACGUGUCUCCGCCUCCUCUGCCUGCUCCUCCUCCUCACCGGCUCCUCCGCCACAACCACUUCGAGGAAGGACCCCGAUCCAGGCACCAUCCUGCUGCCGACAAACACGACACAAGGUGAAAAUGCUGACGUCACUCUUCCAGAGACCGGCUCCUUUAAAGUGGCCACGUUACCCCCACAGAAGAACUCCAGCAACCAAUCAGACAACUCUGUAGCAUCCCAAAUUCCACCCGACCAAUCAGAAGGAGGAAGGAAUUCAUCCACAAGCUCAUCAACCAACCAACAGCCAAGAUCCCGAGACCCUCUGCUUCCUCCAACCAGAGAGGGAGUCAGUGGACCAAUCACCAACACGGCAGCAGCGACAACAACAACAUCGUCAUCUCCACCUCCAAUGAGCACAACAACAACAUCUCCAACAAACACAACAACAACAUCGUCAUCUCCACCUCCAAUGAGCACAACAACAACAUCUCCAACAAACACAACAACAACAACGCCAUCUCCACCUUCAUUGAACACAACAUUAUCUUCUCCUGCUACAAAAUCAGCAACAAUGAAGACAACAACGUUACCAGAACCUUCAACGACAGACAUGACCUCCUCAUCUUCACCAACAACAACAACAACAACAACAACAACAACAACAACAACCAGCAAAACCAUAACUGCCUCUGCAGCAACACCCCGUCCUAAAACAACGACGACUUUGGCAACAACCCCAAGUUCAGCUGGCACGCCACAGCCAAACACCCCGAGCACCAGGACGCCAACCAGGACGCCAACCAGGACGCCAACCAGGACGCCAACCAGGACGCCAACCAGGACGCCAACCAGGACGCCACCAAUCCAGACGACCUCUUCACCCACAGCACAGCCUACCAUCGCUCCAACCGGCCACCAUGAGCCGGUUUCCACGGGAACGCCGCGGGUUGCCGUAGUAGAAGUAGCCGGGUCUGCUCUGACCAAGCAGCUAAUGAACACUGCGUCUCUCCUCGGCGUCCUGCUCUUCGGCCUGCUCUUCUUCCUGAUGACGGUGGCGGUGUUCGUCAUGCAGGCCUACGAGAGCUACAGGAGGAAGGACUACACGCAGGUGGACUACCUGAUCAACGGCAUGUACACCGACUCGGGGGUGUGAGGGAGGAAGCACAACGUGUGGAGAUUUGUUUGGGUUUUUUUGUCCUCGUUUUCAGAGAACGAAGAGAGGAGGACUGCGUGGCGACACGGUGCUGAUCCUGUGCCUCUGAUUGGUCGAUUGAGUCCAUUCUUACUCCUUCCUGAAUUCUCUAACAGCUGACUGAACUGAUCGUUUUCUAACUUCAUCACUUUGUUUUUCCAUCUCUUCCUUUGAGGGUUUGAGAGUUUAACUUGUUCUGUUUGUGCCAAAUCUUGAAACGUGGCUCGUAAAAAGAGGUCGCCUGGAUACAAAAGAGCGUUAACGAUGGUCCCACGGUGGUUAGACCAAUCAGGAGGCUUCAGUUAAGAUAGAACUUUGUUUAUAAAGACGAACGACUAGUAUCCACCUCCUCCCAUUUCACAAAAGUGAAGCCAAAAGUGAAUCCCUCCUGUGACGGGCACUGACAUAUUGGUCUGGUAACGUGUUGAUGCCCCGCCCCCUUCCUCUAGCUCAAACUUACAUUAAACUUCCUGGUCAAAGGUCGCUCAGGGGGGUUCAGUCUACAGCAGAACAGAUUCUUGUGUCAGCUUGUGUUCCAGAGCACACAGCAACGCAGGAGCCUCAUUCGUCAACACAGCUGUCAAUCAUGACGUCAUACUUCUUUUAUAGCAUCGAUAAACUAAUUAAAACUACAGAAACCAUGUUUGAAAAACAUUUGUUUGACAGUUUGAUCUUGUCCCGUCUGUUAGCUUGGAGGAGGCAGAGCUUAUGACCUAUAAUGCAAGCUGUCAACAGGGGGAGCUCUAAAUGUUUUGGCUUCACUUUUUAGGGCGCUGUCAUGUCGUCCAUCUUCUUUUUUACGGUCUAUGAUGUAGAAAGCUCAGCCACCCAGUGUCACAUGAAUAAUUUCACACAGAAUUCAGCUCAGUAAGGAUGAGCACUGUCACUUUAAGAAAAAUCAAUUCGCUAAUUGGUUAAUUAGCAUACAGGCCAUGUAGAGCGUUAUCAUAGACUGUGUAUCAGACGUUAGCUUAGCGUCAUGACAUCACUCAUUUCAUCUUGGACAAACGUUGUCUACGGCUCACUUCCUUAGACAAAAUGAACAACAAGAACAGCCAUCUCCGCCCUGAGCUUCUUUUAGUACAACCAAACCGACAUUUGUCAAUCAGAGGUAGCCCCGCCCCCUAACUCAUUCUAGUCUCUAAUUGGACCACAAUUUAGUAGAUACACAUUGAGCUGUGUUGAAGAAGACUUGAAACUACAGACUGAGACCAAAAACUCGUUUUGAAAAUGUUUACUGAGGUCCAAACAUUUCAUGAUAGACUUAUUUACUAUCAGCCGCCCCCUCCUGGCCGUAUGAAAGACUUUUCAUUCUUUUUUGACAGCUCGGUGAAGGACCAAAGUUUAUUUGUUAAUUUGAUGUCGCACAUUUCGUGGAACAAUUAUUUAACGGUUAGAAAAACGGUGAAAGACAAAAAAGCAGCUAAGAGCCUUAAGGACAAUGAGGUGUUAUGAUUGAAACGCGCCACAGAGACGUAAACUGAGACGGUCAGGAUCGCACCCACAAGGUAUUAAUUUAAUAUCAUGAUCAUUUAUCAAACUCAGCUGCAUUAAAUCAUACGUACAUGAUCUUAUUUAAAGGUCACAUUUAAAAUCCUCUUCUCCAUGUUCCUCUAACAUGUGUCUCUAGUCCGUCUACAAACCCCCCA